AUGUUAAGCGUGAGACAGCAAUUUGUUGGUGAAGUGCGUUUUGCACUUUUUGAUACUUAUUCACAAGCAUCUAAAAAGCUCCUGGUUGCGACUGAUAAGAACAUUUUUGCCUCUCUCAAUUCUAGAACUGGAGAACUUUUCUGGCGACAUGUGGACAAGGUCGGACCCGAAGGACACAUUGAUACUCUUCUUUUGCAUGGGCAAGAUGCCAUUGUUGUUGUGGGGAAUGGGCGUAUUCUUCGCUCCUGGGAGACAACUGUUGGUGGUCUGAAUUGGGAGAUGGUGCUCGAUACGGGAAGUUUCCAGUCCGCUGCUUUUGUUGGAGUGCAGAACCUGGUGAAGUAUGUUGCGGUGCUUAAGAAAUCGGCCGUCUCUCUGCAUUAUCUUUCCAACGGCCAUCAGAAAUGGGUGGAAAAUCUCCCAGAUAGUGACACUGUUAACUAUCAGACUGUGUAUUCUGGAGGAAAUGGACAGGUUUUUGUUCUUGGUGUGGUUCCCAACUCUCAUAUUGUUAUUGUUGAGUACAACAUUGAAGAUGGAGAAAUCAUGAAGCAGAAAUCAAUCCCUGCACCAUGGCUGACUAGCUUGCAGUCCAGUUGUGUGAUUGUGGGUCCUGGUGUGCUGUUAUGCGUCGACUCGACCACACAGUCCUUGUACACCCUACCACUGCAGUCUGCGGAACAGCCUGCGAUGACCCAGAUUCCGCUCCAGACUCUAGAUCUGAAGGUAGCUUCAGGGUUUGAGCCACUUCUGAUCUCCACUCAGCCCCAUCCUGCCCGUCCCCCUCUGUCUGAAUUCUUCCUUCAGCUUGGACCAGAGCAUUACUCUCUGUUGCAGCUUAAGGAUGGCAUCGUGGCUUCUCUUAGAGACUUUAAUCCGUCACACCUGGUUGCUUUUGCAACAGCUGGAGAGAAGACAGUUGCUGCUGUUAUGUCACCAAAAAAUGAAACUGCAUGUAGCAUCAACUUGUACAGUGCAGAUACGGGAAGGAGGCUUCUUGAUACCGCUGUCAUCUAUAACAUGGAUCCUAAUGGAGGAAAGCCAACUAAGUUGUAUGUCCAUGCCUUCUCCAAGAAAGACGAUUCAGUGGGGUACAGGGUCAUGGUGCAAACCGAAGACCUCGUCCUCACCUUCCUACAGCAACCAGGCAGGGUUUUGUGGACUCGGGAGGAGGCACUAGCUGAUGUGGUGACUAUGGAAAUGGUGGACUUACCGCUUACUGGAACACAAGCUGAACUGGAGGGAGAGUUUGGCAAAAAAGCCGAUGGACUCUUGCCUAUGGUUUUAAAGCGACUUUCGUCCCAGUUCAUCCUUCUGCAGGCCUGGAUCGGCCAUCUCUGGAAACUUUUCUACGAUGCCCGAAAGCCCCGCAGCCAUGUGAAGAACGAAGUGUCUUUUGAGACCUUGUCUCGGGACGAGUUCAACCUGCAGAAAAUGAUGGUGAUGGUGACCGCCUCAGGAAAGCUAUUUGGCAUUGACAGCAAGUCUGGAACGAUUUUGUGGAAGCAGUACCUGGAGAAUAUUAAGCCCAAUUCUGUUUUCAAGCUCAUGGUUCAGCGCACGACUGCUCAUUUUCCUCAUCCACCUCAGUGCACUUUACUCAUCAAGGAUAAGGACACAGGGCUGGGAAGUCUUUAUGUCUUCAAUCCCAUCUUUGGCAAGAAAAGCCAUAUCGGUGUCCCAGCUCUUCCCAGACCAGUCCUUCAGUCCCUGCUGCUCCCUCUAAUGGAUCAGGACUAUUCUAAAGUUCUCCUCCUGAUAGAUGAUCAAUACAAGGUAACGGCUUUCCCGUCCACUAAGAACGUCCUGCAGCAACUGCAGGAGAUGGCAUCCUCCAUUUUCUUUUAUCUGGUGGACUCUAAUCAGGGCAGACUGUCUGGUUUCCGCCUCCGGAAGGAUCUGUCCACUGAGCUCAUCUGGGAGAUUAUUAUUCCCACUGAGGUGCAGAAGAUAGUGGGGGUGAAAGGCAAGCGCGCUAACGAGCACGUUCACUCCCAGGGUCGAGUCAUGGGGGAUCGCAGUGUGCUUUAUAAGUACCUGAACCCCAACCUGCUUGCUGUAAUAACUGAAAGCACAGACAGUAAUCAGGAUCGCAGCUUCAUGGGCAUUUUCCUGAUCGAUGGUGUAACUGGCCGUAUUGUCCAUGAGGCUGUUCAGAGGAAGGCCAGAGGACCCGUUCACUUUGUGCACUCUGAGAACUGGGUUGUGUAUGCGUACUGGAACACUAAGUCUCGGAGGAACGAGUUCUCUGUGCUGGAGUUUUUUGAGGGAAUGGAGCUGUAUAACAGCACUGUGUUCAGCUCUUUGGAUAGACCUCACCCACCUCAGGUGCUGCAGCAGUCCUACAUCUUCCCCUCUCCUAUUAGCACCCUGGAGGCCACACUCACCGAGAAGGGAAUCACCAGUCGGCAUUUACUUGUUGGACUCCCAUCAGGAAACAUCCUGUCUUUGCCAAAGAUGUUUCUGGACCCACGGAGACCUGAAGUGGCCUCAGAACACACCCGGGAGGAAAAUCUUAUACCAUAUUCUCCUGAAAUGCCAAUUCGCACUGAGUGGUUUAUAAACUACAAUCAGACUGUGUCUAGAGUAAAGGGUGUCUACACUGCCCCUUCUGGCCUGGAGUCCACAUGUCUGGUGGUUGCUUAUGGCCUGGAUAUCUAUCAGACCAGAGUCUACCCUUCCAAACAGUUUGAUGUUCUUAAGGAUGAUUAUGAUUACGUGCUGAUCAGCAGUGUACUUCUCGGUCUGUUCUUCGCUACCAUGAUCAGCAAGCGACUGGCAGAAGUGAAACUACUCAAUCGUGCUUGGCGAUAAAGCACAACUCUCUGACCUGACAGCUGCACCCUUCCUUUCUGCCAUGUGAUCGAUACAGUAAUUAAAGGUGUGGCAGAAGACGAGCUAAUGCCAGUGAAAGACUGUAAGAUCACCUACUGAAUGUCUUGGAAGGCCAGCUGUUCUGGUUUGUGGCAGCUUGUUUUGUCAAGUUGGUAUUUUGUUGUUGUUUUUUUUGUUUUGUUUUUUUGUAACUGAAGGCUUACAAGAAUUAAAGCCGUGAACGUGUCCUGACUGACUGGAGUCCAGCACAAUGUGUUGAUUGUCUUGCUUUAUUACACUUAUCACAGUUGUAUCUGUGUCUUUGAGUAGCAGAGUAUUUUGGUCUCCAGUCUGUCAGGAAUGGAAUUUAACACCAUUGGAUUAAUGUUUCUCCACUCUGGUUAAUUAGAUCAUUCUUAACUUAUUUAUUAUGACUUAAAAAUCACGAUUAGUUUUAGAAAUAAGACUGAGGAAAUUAAUUUAUUUUUUGUAUAUGCUAACACUGGUCAUUUAAAUGAAAUAAGCCUGUUGAAAUUAUAUCUAGGUUGGCUCUGUGUUUGUAAAUUUGAUAGUAAUAUCAUCGUCUUUAAUGCAAAAUAAGAUGCACCAAGUCUUUUAGUUACAUUUCAUUAAUGGCACCCAAGAGUCUACCUUAUGAACAUGAUGUUUGGAUAUUGGAAAUUGUCUGACCCUGCGUAACAGAAUAUGGAACAAUUUGUUAAAUAUGGGAUUUCGGGCCGCUCACGUGGCGCAGCGGUAGAAACACACGCUUGAACCAGAGCUGGAUCUCGAAUACAUCGUAUCGAAUCUCAGCUCUGCCUGCCGGCUAAUGAACAACGAUUGGCCUGUUGUUUAGAUGCGUGGGACUAAGCCGGAUGGGGUCUCUCUCUCAUGACUCUACUGGCUGAUUGAUGGUGCCUGCUCAGAGAUGAGAAAAGAGUGCUCUCAGGGUGUGUCUCUCCGUACACAACGCUGAGCUGCUCUGCACUCGUCAAAGUGUAGGUGAUAAGAUGCAUACGGUAUGCUGCCCACGUGUCGGAGGGGGCGUGGGUUAGCUUUGUUCUCCUCAAUCAGAGCAGGGAUCAGCAUUGGUGGAGAGGAAGCAUGAUGCAAUCGGGCAAGUGGACGUGCUAAAAGGGAGAAAAUGCAUAAAGAAAAUAUAAAAAAAAUAUAUAUGGGAUUUUGGUGGAAUUAAUAAAGUCAAACAAUUUGUUUAGUGUAUAAAUGAAGUGUGCUUUGUUCUGCCUCUCAAAUCUCGGCAUUUUGCAUUUUAAAUUGAUUCAGGCAUUAAAAUGUAAUAUUUGUUUUGGGGAAAUGUUGUUUUUAAUGAAUGAUCUGUCUUGGCAUGUAUUUUAUUUUUGAAACUUAAGUAACAGUUGUGCAUCCACUAAACCCCAAUCACCGUUUAAAAUUAUAAUCAGAAGGAAAUGCAAAGAAAUGUGUUUAAUGUGUCAUUCAAAAUCUGUUUAUAAUUGACUAAUAAUAAAAAUGUGAUAUCUAGAAGA